AUGACGGAAUACCAGGCUCACACCAUCUCUCAAGACGUAAGGAAAUUUUAUUGUGUUGAAUGUGAUAAAUCAUACCUUACAAGAGGAAGAUAUCUUUUACACUUGGGAAACAUACACAAUUGUGAUGAAAACGGUAAACAACUUAACGGAAUCCGAGUUAGAUUUAGAUUACGUACCAUCGAAGCAGAGAAAAAUUCUGCAACCGUUAACGAUCGAAUACACUUAGAAUCAAAUAACAUGGCUAUAAAUGGGGAUAGCAAUGCGGGAAAUUGUAAUACUGUACCGGAUAAAGUGGAUAGAUUUGAGCAAGAUACCCAAACCUCGUAUUGUACUAAAUGCGACAGGCGAUAUCAACUUAUAUCUUCUUAUAAACGGCAUUGUAAAAUGAAGCAUUCUGACAGAAAGAUACAGUCUAAAACCACCGAUGGAGACAAAUAUUGCGCCAUAUGCGCCAAGCAAUUCAAGCAUCACUCUGCGUAUAUGAAGCACUGUAUGGUUAAACAUAGUUCGUAUCAGAGGCCGUUGACUCGUGGGCGUCUUUUAAAGAAAGGUAGAAGUCUAGAAACCUCGGAACAGCACACUGUCAUUCACAAAGACCUUACAGGUUUAUACUGCGAUAAAUGUGACACAAAGUACAUAUCUCAAAGAUUGUACACCAAGCAUGUCAGUAUCAGGCAUUCUGAGGUAAAUAUCAAUACCGAGAUUGACAGAUAUUUAUACUGUAUCAAAUGCGACAAGGAGUACAGUUCCAUAUUUUGGUACAAUCAGCACCUUAAUAGAAAGCAUGCAAGCAAAAAUGGAACACUUGAUAAUGGCAAAGUUGUUCGAGACCAAUCCGCUACUAUUAUUGAUAAAUCUGUCGAUGCAAAAUUAAACUAUUGCGAGACGUGCAACAUACAAUUUUCAAGUCCUUACACAUAUUAUUAUCACCGUAAUACCAAACACGCAAAUGAAAUUAAACGUCGUGUAUACAUCCAGAAGUAUUGCGAAGAAUGCAACAAACAAUUUUCAACUCAAUUGCGUUAUCAUAAUCACUGUAAUAGAAAACACAAAGAUAAGAUCAAACUUAUGCUUCGUACCAAAGCUCCCGUUGCGAAAUCAACAUAUUGCAAGAAAUGUAACAUACACUUUGCAAAUCCACGUAGGCUCUAUUACCACCGUAGAACCAUACACCUAAAUGAAGCCAAACCUUUUUCAAAUAACAAACGUACACCGGAUCAUUCUGCUACAAGUACUCCAGUUGCUACGGGAUCAAAUCACUGCAAUAAAUGCAAUAAGAACUUCAGAAAUAAAAGGCUGUACGUGGUCCAUUGUAAUAACCUACAUCCUGCUAUAGUAGCUGCAAACUCCAGUAAAAACCGUAAUGUACAUAAUCAGCCAGUUACCAACAAAGCUCCAGCCAGCGUCGAAUUUGAUAAUCAAUCAAAUGAAGCUGUUACUUCGACGCAGAUAUCAGAUGUCAAGCUUAGCAACUCCAAAUCCUUUAUUUCCUGCUGUAUUUGUAACUGUCAGUACAUAAGCUCAAGACUUUACGAAAAUCACCCAUGCUUUACAAAACCUUUGGGUCCAACUAAAAGAAAGCGCGGACGCCCAGUUAAAAAUACGAUAUUAAAAACAUAUUGCUCCAUCUGCGAAGUUGACUACGAAGAUCAUCAUAAAUACAACGCACACCUGUUUUUGCUUCAUGAGAAGACAUUAAAAGAUGGAUCAAUUUUGCUAAGCAAUUUAGUGGUGGGGGAUAAAGAAUCUAUCUUGACAUGUCAGUCAUGCAAUCAUACAUAUGGAACGACUUUUCAUUAUAAUAGCCAUAUCGUUAAAUUCCACAACCAAUUAUAUCAAAACCAAACCAUAUCGCAUGAAAAAAACAACCACAAACACCCUUUAUAUUGCUUCAGCUGCAAGCAUGAUUACGAUAGCUAUGCCAGCUUUAACACCCAUUUAUACGAUAUGCAUCAUGUUUCAAAACCCAAAUUAAUAGAGAUGUCACGGAAGGCGAGUGAAAGAGUGCGAAAUGACGAUACGGAUUGUAACGCUAGAACUAUGGCUGGAGAAAAGGUAUUAUCUUUGCCAGUUACAAUUACUCAACCCGGUUAUACACCAGCUCAUGAUGGCAGAACUCUUAGAAAACGUACGAGAAUGAAUUAUGUUAGUUGUGUGCAAGAUUUGGAUGUCGAGUUGUAA